GCAGUCAGAGGGUGUUUGGCCGGCCGAGCGCACGACGGGGCACGCGCGCCAGCACAACUGCGCCGGGGAGGGACUCUCCAGGCCAGGACUCUGUCCAAGACUCCGGCCCCUCCAGAACUUCUCAGAGACGAUCGUGAGGUUCCCCGUGCGGACAUGACUGUCCCCGGCCCCGGCUAAGCCCGCCCCGUCCCGCCCCGUCCCGCCCAACCCCGCGCCGCCGCCAUGGGCCGCCGCGAGCCGCCCCGCACGCUCAUGGAGCAGAACCGGCGGCUGUGCGGGGCCAUCUGCCUGUGCCAGCUCACCGCCGUGCUCUCGUCCGUGUCGCUCAUCUACCUGUCCGUGGCCGUGUACAUGCCGUCGCACCGCGCCUUCCACUCGGGCUUCGCCGCCACGCCCGUCAUGUGCCAGACGCAGCGCACCAACGACGUCAACAACUGCAACUGGGCGUCGUGCGGCGAGUGGUGCCUCACCAAGACCACGGGCUUCUGCCCGCAGAUGCACGUGGCGGUGCGGCAGAACGCCACGGACCUGCUGCUCAGCAACUGCUCCAGCCUCAGCAACGUCAGCUGCCCGCCGGCGGACCCCACCUCCGUCAAGCGGUACAACUGCAACCAGGGCUCCGAGUGCGACGAGCUCCACGGCGUGUUCAACUGCUCGCUCGGCCACUGCGGCAACUACUCGGAGCGCUUCCUCUGCCACUACAAGGCGGACGGCGUCGUGCUCAACACCGAGAAGGACAACAUGAAGCUCAACGGCUUCUUCGAGUGCAACAGGUCCAUCUGCACCAAGAUCAAGAGGCCCUUCAGCUGCGACCGCUACUGCCCCAAGAUCACCACCACCUCGAUGAACGUGUUCCUGAUGUACGAGGACAGCCUGUUCACGGGCGAGUGCCGCGAGGCGUUCGCGCUGAACCAGGCGCGCGGCGGCGAGCCCGGCGUGCCCGUGGAGCCCACCGAGGUCUGGCACGAGGACCGCAGCGGCGGCGCGCUGCUCGCGUCCUGCCUCAGCGUGGUGCGCGUCGGCAACAAUUCGCUCAGGGCGACAGACUGCCUCAACGGCACGGUCCUCGACGAGAAGCUCAUCCCGCAGCCCUACAUGAACUUCACGACGUUCUGGUCGCUGUACGGCGGCAGCAGCCGACCGCUGGACCCGGAGGGUCGGUUCUUGCCGCCGCAGCGCGCGCUCACCAUCUACAACCAUUCCCGGCUCUACAUCAACCUCGAGGGCUGCGUCAACACGCUGCGCGGCGAGUGCAGGGACUUCCUGGCCUCGCACGGCAGGGACGGCGCCAACCAGACGGCCCAGAGCCGCUUCCCCUGCUACUACCACCCCGACGACAGUUUCAUGGCGAUAGCGCGCUUUGACCUGGACAAGACCCUGCGGGAGCUGCUGAUCGCGACCGUGGUGCCCACUGUGCUGUUUGUCGUGUCCUUCGUCACGCUGGUGUGCAUCACUAAGUACGUGACGGUGGACGACGCGGGCCGCAUGCAGUGCACGCUCUGCAGCGCUCUGUGUGGGGGCUGUGGGGGCGGCGCCGGACGCCAGGACGACUCCGACGGCCCCGGCCCGGAGAGCUUGCUCAUGAACUCGAAGCACCAGAGGUCAAGCCAUGGAGGGCUGCCUGGAGCCCCACCUGGAGCUCCGCCGGCCACGGCCCCCGGCCUAGACCUGGCCAUGGACAGCCCCCUCAUCAUCCCCGUGCGGCUGUCCGUGUCGGCGCCGGCCUCGGCUCCUACCUCGGCCCCGGCCUCGGCGGAAUCCGUCAGGCGGGCCGAGGCCGCUGCGCUGUCCGCCGUGCAAGCGACCGGGAGGGAGGCCGUCUACGUCGAGCUUAGCGACCCGGCAGGCCUCGGCGCCGCGGCCGAGCUGGCCCGGGCGGCGCGGGCCAAGCAAGUCGGGCCGGACAAGGCUGCGGAGGACUUCGGCUCGUCGGGCGUCGACACCAUCACAACGAAACCCGGGUAGAACACGGAGAAGAGACGGAAAGCACGGAAAGCUUGCGCUUACCGAGACGACAGACUUCAUCGGGUCGCCCCGAAGUUGCUAGCAGAGAUAAGCCCGAGCGCACCCGAUCCUCGCUCCGGCCCAUGCGCUGAAUCCUUCAGUUAGUAGUGCUCACGAAUGCGGGACAGUAGUUAAGAGGCUGGGCAACACAGCCGACUCAGCUCAGUAACCAAGAUACAUCAAAACUCAACUUGGAGCGUUCGAGGUUCAUUGAAUCAAAUUGAUUUUAUUGGCGUUUUUCUCUCCUUUUUGUUUUUAGUACUUUCAGUCUAUGUACUGUCUAUUCCUCCCACCAUGGAUUCAAGGGAAGUACAAAAAUUAAAAGACCGCCAUCGCCAUCACAUGUUUUCAUUAUCUUCCACUAAGUUUUUGAGAGCAAAAGUUAUGCGUACUCUCCCUUCUUGUAUAUUUGUAAACCAAUAAAAAUAAUAAGAAAACA